UCCAUUAUUUCAGUUGAAUCCUUCCCAACAGUAAUAUUACAAUGGUUUUCAGCGGAACUUGGCAAGUUUAUUCACAAGAAAACUAUGAGAAUUUCCUGAGGGCUGUAGGUUUAACAGAAGACAUUAUUAAGGUGGCCAAAGAUAUCAACCCAAUAAUUGAAAUUCAACAAAAUGGUAACAAUUUUACAGUAACUUCAAAGACACCCAAACACUCUCAGACUAAUUAUUUUACUAUUGGGAAGGAAUCAGAAAUCACUUCUGUGGACGGCAAGAAGCUCAAGGUAACUGUUAAUCUGGAAGGGGGAAAACUCAUAUGCAAGAGUGACAAGUUCUCCCACAUACAAGAGGUUCAUGGGAAUGAAAUGGUGGAGACUAUUACUAUUGGCGCAGCAGUAUUAACACGGAAAAGCAGGAAAGUUUAAACUACAAUAUGCAACUUUUUUAGCCAUUUAAAAUGUAAUAAAGACAUUAUUGAUCAA